AGUUCUACCCGACGUAAGUAGCUUUGCUCUAAACCGCCAUCAGCCCGAAUUUCAAUCACCAUGCCUCGUUCUUCACGUUCCUCUCGUCCAGCUGCCAAGCCUGCAGCUCCUGCGCCAACCCAGUCCCGUGGUGCUCAUACGGCCGCGAUGCCUCCUGCUGCAGCCCACGGUAACCCAGCACACGCCCCAGCACCACCCGUCCCCGCUCAGACAUCUAGCGGUCCCGGAAUGAUGGCACAGAUGGCCGCAACUGCUGGUUCCGUCGCCGUUGGAUCUACCAUCGGCCAUGGUAUCUCCUCCAUGCUCUUCGGCUCCAGCUCAAGUGCGGCACCCGCGGAGCCAGCAGCACCUACGACUGGCGCUGCCUGUGAAAUUCAGGCUAAGGAGUUCACCAAGUGCUUAGACAAGGCAGACCUUCAAAGUUGUUCGUGGUACCUUGAGCAAUUGAAGGCUUGCCAAGCUGCCGCUGCUCCUUAUUAAUUUAGCGGGAUAUAUUAUGUUGGCGAAUACUGUCACAUGACACCCUGCCCUUCGUCUCCUCCCACGUAAUCAGAUAUCCUGCGAAUGAACGAACAAAUUCCUCGGUUUCCCAUGAACGGCAAAUACAAUUCGACAUGAUUUUAAACAUUUU